AUAGUGAUGUUCCAGCACUGCAUGUGUAGAAUAUAAAUAUAAAACGUGUUAUUUAAUUAUCACGAUGCAGUUGCUUUUUCCUGUUUGCAGUGUUAUGCGAUAUAAUAGUUCUGUCGUAAUUUGGGGAACACAUAUCUUUUCACUGCUACAGGGCCAGUCAAACCCACAGGCUUGAAGCUUAUGAAUCAACUAUCUGCAAAAUCAGCCACCAUACAGUGGGAGCGUCCUGCAUGCCACGUAGAUCACUACCGGCUUGAAUACAAAACAGAUAAAGGGAAGCCAGUGAUUGGCAACAUACCUGACACGGAAUCGAGCCGUGCAUUAACUGGUCUUAUCCCUGGAACUAAGUAUAAUGUCUCACUAUGCUGCAUACGCCACAAAACAGAAAGUGAGAAAUGCACGUUCACAUUUACAACAGCACCUGAUGUGCCUGUCAUCGAACCCCAGCCUGGAAGUACCUCCAUAUUGUUGUCUUGGAGCCAGUUUAAGGGAAAUGCCGAUAGUUUUGAGAUCACUUGUCAAAAUCAAGACAACGAAGAAGAAAAACAAAGUGUGAAACUUCAUGGCGAAAUGCGCAAACAUACAUUUAAAGAUCUUUCUGAAAAUUCAAAGUACGCCGGGGAAAUUUGGGUAAACCUUGAAUCCCAUAGAAGCAAACCAUAUGAAUGGGAGAGUUUGACUUCUUCUAAACCGGCUGCAGGUUCGCAACCAAUUGCGACAGUAGCAAGGUCAGAAGGGUACAUAUCAUUCAGUCUUAAAUUAGUCCAAAAAGAGAGCAAAGCCCCAGAAGGUGCAGUGAGUGGGGCAAGUGAUUCAGUGUGCCUGGUAGUUACAGCAAUAAGCGCGAGGGACCUUCAAAUCAUUGGACAGACAAGUAAAUCUAAUAAUUAUUGCUCGGGAUUCGUCUACCCAGAAGGAGACAAAAAAGCGCUGAAAACGAAAACGUCAACAGGAUGCAACCCUACGUGGAAAGGAGCAAUGCAGUUUCACGCUCCUUCAGUUGAAGCUUUGAGAAACAAAUGCUUGCAACUAAAUGUCAUGGAAAAAUAUAGAUUUGAGAAGGAUGUUUCAGUUGGCGGAAUAAGACUUAACAUGGGAACAGGCAAGCACAACGGCUACUCUGUAGACUGGAUGGACUCCACGGAUCAGGAACAGGAAAUAUGGCAGUCACUAUUAGAUUCCACACCUGGGACUGAGAUCCCUGCCGAAUUACCUAUAAGGUCUUUGGAUAGUUAGACGAUAAAACUUACCAAUCUCUCCAUAAGGACCUUUUUUUUUUUUUUUUUUUUUUUUUUGCAUGAAUUGGAUAAACCUUAAUUUGUGUACAAUAUGAUUCCGCAGAUGGACAUAUUUCUGUCAAAAACCUUUUUCCAAUACACCAACAGUUUUAUUGACACAGUUAAAGACACAAUUCUUUUUAUAUUGCAUUGGAAUCAGAAGGACAUGAACGAUGAGGUCAAUAGCUAAUAUAUAUAUAUAUAUCUUGCAUUUAUCACAAUCAUAUGCAUGUUUUUGCCAUAAUGUUAACUACGGUGUAAAUUAUGGUUAUUGCAAACUUGCCUUUGCAUUAAAUUUAACUGCAACAUUUUGUCUCUUUUAUGUCUUACGUUAGAACUUAGUAGACAUUUAGUCAUUUACAAAAAAAAUCUUUACUUGCAAUAUAAAUCUUAGAUUUAUGUUGUUAACUAGUUCACAUAGAUGUAUACCGAUUUAGAUAGGGAAGAAAAGGCAUCCUCAACGAAUUUUCGCUGCGGAUGUUACAAUUACAUGUAGAAAUGGACACGCUUGUUAAA